AUGGGAAGGUCUCCUUGCUGUGAUGAGAAUGGUCUCAAGAAGGGCCCCUGGACCCCUGAAGAAGACCAGAAGCUCAUGGAGUACAUCCAGAAGCACGGCCAUGGGAGCUGGAGAGCACUGCCCAGACUUGCCGGGCUCAACAGGUGUGGCAAGAGCUGCAGGCUGAGAUGGACCAACUACUUGAGGCCAGACAUCAAGAGAGGGAAGUUCACCCAGGAGGAAGAACAGACCAUCCUCCAGCUCCACUCCGUCCUUGGCAACAAAUGGUCAGCUAUUGCGAAGCACCUCCCUGGGCGGACUGACAACGAGAUCAAGAAUUUCUGGAACACCCACCUGAAGAAGAAGCUGAUCCAGAUGGGCUUCGACCCGAUGACGCACCGGCCGAGAACCGACUUCUUUGCUGCUCUGCCUCAACUCAUUGCUCUGGCCAACCUCCGCCAGCUCGUGGAGCAGCGGCCAUGGGACGACCACGCUUCCAGGAUACAUGUUGAGGCGGUCCAGGCUGCAAAGCUCCAGUGCCUCCAGAACCUGCUCCAGUCUGCAGCAUCCAUUGCCACCAGUCCCAGCUCCAGCAGCAUCAACACCAACACCAUCCCCAGUGACCUGGAGCAAAUCGGCCUCCUGAGUCCUCCACAGAUGUCUUACUUGUCUACGUUGCCUUCUCCAAGUUUCCUGGAGAGUAUCAGUGGCCAAGACAUAGUAGCUGGUCAACUGCCUGACAUCCAAAUUCCUAGCACUUUCUUUGAACAACCCACCAGCAACGAUGCCAACCAGCACUCAGACUUCACUCCAAAGAGUAGCGUUGAGGGGGAGAAUGGAACCCCUAAAACGCUGCUGUCGGAAAAUUCCCUUCCGCCGCUCACCGACUACCCCAUUUCCAACCUCGGUGAUGCUUGCGGUGCCUCGAGCUGUGACGGUGGCAGCAUUCCGUUCCCAAGUUGGCCUGAGUUGUUUGAUGAACAGUUCAUAUGCGAGUUUGUAUGA